UUGUAUGUUAAAGCCUAGACAUGGGUCAAAAUAACUCGCUUGGUAGGUGUACAAAGUAGUUACCUUUUUGAACCGCGAAGAAAUACGGCCAAAAUUAGGCUACAGAAAGUUACCCUAAACCUGUAACGUUACAGUGUGAUUUUGCUAAGGCUAAUGUGUAUUUCGUAAUUGCGACUGCUUUCUCUAACGUUAGUUUUAAGCUAGGACUGUAGACAAACCGGUAACAGCUGGGGGUAAAUUCAGCAGGCUAUAUAAAAAUAGCCAUGAGCGACUGUGAGGAGACAGACUUCUUUUGGGAGUCUUGGACUUCACCGGGCAAAAGAAAAAGGAAAAAGCACUCCAAAAAGGACAAACAAUGCCUAAAGCAAACAAAAAACAACAUAACCGUGAAAACAGAUGAGAGUGUCCAGAAGAAAAAGAAAAAGAAAAACUUGAAAUUCAAAGAAGCAAUGAAGGGGAUGAAAGAAAAGAAAAAAGAAAAGAAGAAAAGCAGAUUGGCUUUGGAACUAGGAACUAACAGUUUUAUUUUUACACAGGGCAGUGUUGCACAAGCAAAACCUACCGUGAAGCCUGAAACAUCAAAUUCACACAACAAUGACAAGCUAAAAGUAACUCAGGACUCCAAGAAGAAAACCAAAAGAAAAAAGAAAGUGGCGUUUGACUUAUCACCAGGCUACAUCCGCGUCAAACGUCCUAAAUUUGGCUCGUCAUCUCUGCAGUGUCCCAGAGAGAGCACCCUCUCAGAAGCUGCGAGAGGUGGGGAGAGCUGUUCACAGGUCACGGUGGCAGGGUACAGCCUGGCACAAACACAGGAUAAUGACUCCCAGUGCAACAGCCAGGAUAUAAACAGCCAGGACCUGUUUAUCACCCAGAAGACAUUCAGAGCAUCGCCCUCCGAAUCUUCCAGUGGUGAAGCCAGUGACAAAGCCGUCACUACAAUUCCUAAAAUGUUCACACAGCAGGACGAGAAUCUUGAAGGAUCAUACAAAUGUCCACAAGAAUCACAUUUCAAUUUCCAGCAUCCCAGAAAGCCAAAGACAGUCCAGGUACUCAGGUUCACAGAUGAAGAAGAGGAGUUCAACAAAGCCCAUCAGAAUCCCAAGAAGGGAAAAUCCUUUCAGACACAGAUGGAGCUAAACGCAAACCUUACUAAGGAGAAAGAAUUAUCACGUCCUGUACAUAUAAAGCAACGUGCGGUGAAUCCUUACCUGGAUGUGCCAAUUGAUGUAAAUUCCUCCCUGGAUGUUGCAAAGUCAAAGAAACAUUCCUGUACUUCAAGCCAACAGUCCACGACAAGCACUUCCACACAGACAGAAAACUUCUUCACCACUGAGCUCUGCUCCUACCUCAACUUCUGCCAAAAAGCUAGAGUGACUUUGCACUUUGAAGACUUGAAACCGUUGGACCUGAGCCUGCAGCAGAGGGCCAGAAAAGAUCCAUCAUGCUCUUCGGACAUGAGGGAGGAAGAGGUAAAGAAAGAGCCUCCCGGUCCACACCCUAGGUCUGCAAGCACACAAGGUAAAGGUGAAACAACUCUGAGCCCCCUGUCAGAGUCCGAGCCCAAGUCUGUAGACACGACAACCUCCAGUGAGGACACCGAGCCCCCCUGUCGCACUGGCAAGCUGGACCUGACCCAGGUCAGAGCAGUCCAGAUGAGACUCAACGAGUCCUUCUUUUUCAAGACAAAAGGAGAGGGACAGUCUCCCAGACCGGCGUCUCCACUGAUGAAACUGGUUCAGAGCAGAGAGGUGAAAAGCAGGAAGGGCCACUGAGGUCUUACGGAGGGAUGGAAAUGAAGGUUUCUAUACACUAACCUGCUGUCACAUUCUUACCUUUUCUGCUGGAACAGCGUUUGUCCUUAAAGAUCAGUAGAAAGGUGUGAUGUUAACAGUGGCCGUCAAUCCCUUUAUGAUAAACGGUAGAAAGGUCUAAUAGUCAUGAUGGAUUUUAUUCUGAACAUGAAAAGGAAAAAUAUAUAGGACAAGAGAAAGUAAAUCUAUUCCAAAAUGAACUUGCGGAGAAAACUUACAUAUUCCUUAUUGCAGUAAU